AUGGAAGCUCUCUGAUAAUUCUCUUCACUCGUGCUUCCCCUUGUGCCUCCACGUCGGCACUCCACAGUCCACACGUCAGGGAAGGUGGGCACGAGACCAUCGGCCAUCUUAGUUUUAGAGGUAUCUCUUACAUUUCCUCAUUUUGUUCUUUCGUGGCGAAUCCGAUAACGCCGUUUGUGCAUCCCAACCUCUAUACCUGCUUGUCUCUUUAGAACCAUCCAAGAUCGGAGCAUCAAGAACCUCAACAAUCAACUCCUCCACAUCCUUUGCUCGGUGCUGCCAAUUUUUGGCUGCACGCCCACACUAACUCCAAUUUCUCCUUGGGAAUUGAUCGAGGGAAGGUAUUUCUCGAGUCCUGAUACCUCCGCACCCUACUUUUCCCCCUCGAUUCGCGCGUAAUGGCUUCGAAAACGCGCGUUCCGUUUAUACCCUUGUCGUACAGAAAUUCAACCGCCCAGGAGAGCGACGAGACCGCAAGAGCACUCAUUCAUGCUUUACGGCCAGAAUGGGACGGUGAAGAUGGGAAGUUAGAGUUCGUCCGCUUCACGGACGGCAUAACAAAUACGGAGGCUAACUCCUGGUGUGUGGUACAGCUAAUGAAAGCGAUCAAGCUAAAACCGGGCUUAUCAUCAUCAGAGGUUGAUUCGGAAGCCAUUCUUCUCCGAGCAUAUGGAGAGGGAACGGACAUCUUAAUUGACCGAAAUAGGGAACUUCUGUCCCACUCCCUACUCGCCGACCACUCUCUCGCACCCGCUCUCCUUGCUCGAUUCUCUAACGGUCUCUUAUACCGAUUCAUCAUUGGAACGGUCUGCUCGCCAGCCGAUCUUCGGAAACCUCCCGUUUAUCACGCCGUUGCACGUCGCUUAGCAGAAUGGCACACGAAGCUUCCAGUUCCUCCAGCGAGCAGCGCUCUUUCAAUAAACAAAUCUCUGAACGGUUCCGCAAAGCCAGGCACGAAUACCGAAAGAGCUGCCUCCCCGUUUGAUCGUUUAGUGAACGACCAUGCAAAUAUCCUCGAUGCGCCAACCCCAAAUCUUUGGACUGUGCUACAAGGCUGGGUAACUGCGCUACCAUGCCACAAGGAGGAAGAUUGUACGCAAAGAACGGCAUUGCAGCGAGAGCUGGCCUGGUUGGUAGAGACAUUUGGCCAGUUCCGGCCCUUGGUUUUCGCCCAUUGUGACCUCCUCUCCGGGAAUGUGAUCGUCUUGCCGAAGGGUGUUUCCUCCAUUGCAACCGGCCCGAGUUCGACGACCCGAUCAUCAACCGAUAGCCGUAGCACGUCCCCGUCAUCCACCCCUAAAUCGACGUCCUCCUCUGCGCCCACCCACGUUUCAGCUGCAGUCCCGGAGGAAACCAUCGACGAGCUGCGAGAUACCCACGUCACAUUCAUUGACUACGAAUACGCCACGCCGGCGCCGGCGUCAUUCGACCUUGCGAACCAUUUUGCCGAAUGGGGUGGAUUCGACUGCGAUUACUCCGUCCUCCCCACGCGCCGUCAACGCCGCGACUUCCUUCGGUCCUAUCUCACCUCCGUCCGCGCAUUCUCCCCCGGCGCGAGCGUCGCCGCCGACGCGCAAACCAAUCCGGAGGAGGAGCUGGACCGGCUCACGCAGGAAGUCGACCUCUUCCGAGGCCUGCCGGGCUUCUACUGGGGCAUUUGGGCGCUGAUCCAAGCGCAGAUCUCCCAGAUCGAUUUCGACUACGCGGAGUAUGCAAUCGUACGAUUGCAGGAGUAUUGGGAUUGGAAGAAGUCAGCGUAUCCGACGGUGGAGGGCCGGGGCAAGGCGGAUAGCCUGAGGGAACGGCGUUGGCAAGAGGAAGAGUAAGGUAGGUGGUCAUCAUACCACGGGGCGGACUCUUGUGAUUUUUGGCCUUUUAUAUAGCGAAGCUUUUUGUGUACUUUCGGAUUAAACAUCCGGACGAAGGAGAGAUGCAACACUGCGAGCUCAACACACGCGGUUUUUAUGAUGUAUAAUAAGAGUAGGCCACGAGCUUUGCCGUAGCAAAAGUCUUGGGGUGUUUGGGGACGUACGAUGUGCUUGAGCGGAGGCCAGCUCGCACCGAACCAAUUCAAGCGGACUCUUGAAUUCGUUUCUAUUCCUAUAAUUCAGUGGACGAUGUGCGCAUAUUUUUUUAU